AUUGAUCAGUGUGUGUGUGUGUGUGUGUGUGUGCAGAGGGAGGACAGUGAUAAAAUUGGACCUCUGGCAUAUUUUCCUCCCAAUGGAACCUUCAACCUAAUGUACUACCCAUACUACGGCAAGAAAGCUCAGGUGAACUACACUCAGCCGCUGGUGGCCGUGAAGUUUCUGAACGCCUCUCUGAACACGGACAUCAAUGUGGAGUGUAAAAUCAACUCCAACACUCUGGCUGAAGGCAGCGAGAGAGACAAGUUCGCUGGACGGGUGUCCUUCAAACUACGAAUCAACGACAAAUAGACACACACACACACACACACUCACUCACUCAUUCACACACACACACACACUCACUCACUCACUCACUCACACACUCACUCACUCAUUCACACACACACACACACUGACUCACUCAAACACACACACACACUCACUCAUUCACACACACACACACACACACGUUGAAGCUGCAGUAAUCCUGUGUUUCCGUCCUCAAUCUGUCCUUUAACGUAGAAUCAUGUCAUGAUGUGUUCACUGACCCUCUGAAUUGCCAGCUUUAGUUACAGUCUGUUUAUUGUGUUUGGUAUUUCCUCUGAGCCUCAGUGCAGCUUUAACUCUGACCCUGAAACCGACCAAUCAGCACGCACACACGCUCUGAUGUCACUGCCACUGAGGAAGGAAUGAAGAACGACAGACGAUCACACGAUGGAUGAAGCUAAGACCAGGUUAUUGAUCGCACAGCACUGUUUACUGAUGGACGGUUUAUGUGUUCUUUUCAUUUAUUUAUUACUUGUUUAUUUAUUUAUUUAUUUAUUUAUUGAUUUGGUUAUUGAUGAUGACUCUUUGUUUUUAGUGAUGUUUAAAUCAGACAGCUCAAAGUCAGCUGAGUUUAGAUUACAGGUACGAUGGGCUCUGAUUGGCUGUUCAGACACUGACUUACAGGUCCCUGCACAUCCUGGAGAACCUGGAGAAACCUGGAAAACCUGGUGUUGUUAAUCAGCUCAGCAACUAAAGUCCAACUUAGAUAGAAACCAGUUCAGAAACCAGUUCACCAAGGCAGUCUCUCUGCAAGCUCCACUUCAUAGCUGUUCUGGAGCUUUCAUUCAUAUCAGAAACCAGUCCUGGU